UUUUUAAGCUGCAGCGGUUCCGGGUUUAGGUCCGGGUGGGCCUUUUUCGCGCCUGGUCGUGCUGUCGCUCGGUGAUUGGUUGACCUUCGAUUGGUUCUGGCGCGCCGCUUGGGGCUUUCCCUUGGGUUGCGCUGGCAAGAUGGCCGUCCCCUCCACUGUGGUUCCAGGGACAUCCUGACAGAUACCAUUACCAUAGUCCAUUUUAGAGCAUUUCUGUGACACCGGAAAGAUGCUUCCCGUUGUACCCCAGGCAACCAGUGAUCUUUCUGUUUCUAUGCAUUUAUAUUAUCUAGAUAUUUCAUAUAAAUGGGAUCGAUAGUUGUUGGUUUGGCAGCUCGUUGGGAGCUUCUGGGUGUAAUCUGAAACCGGCAGAGGACAGAGAGCAGCGUUUCUGAAGAAAGAGGGAAGCCACUGCAGAUUGGACUUAAGAUGUCUUCAGUGGCCAGGCGUCGCAGAAGACAAUAUGGAACAUCUUCAGUAGCUAAAAGCAGCAAGCCGUAUAAACCUUUGCUGCCGACUUCUUAUUCUCCCCAAGAGGGCUACUUAGAGGAGGGUGAAGACAUGCUAAGCAUUAAAGAAUUAUGGCAGAAUGUGGCUGAUUAUUCAAAAAGGAAUGAAGAGAACCAUGAGCGAUACCAGUCCACUCAGUUAGGGGAUGCCAGCGGCAGGAACACAUGGAAAGAAGAGCUUUUCCAGCACUUUUAUCAAGUGGUUCAGAAAGCCCGUGAUCAAGAGAGGCCUUCAGAUUGCGUUAUUGUUUCUAUCAACAACGAACAGAGGGACUACGCAACAGGCAUAGGUCAUCAGUUGCAGGAUUAUGGCCUUAUGGUGGAAAUGAUUCACCUCUCCUCGGAAUCGAGUCUUACGCGAGCACUCCAGGAAGUUAAAGAUGAUGGGUCCCCGUUUUGCAUUCUUGUCGAACAGUCUAAUGUAGAACUUUCCUCUUGCACCGUAAUUAUACUUGAUGAGUCUAUCAAAAUACAUCGUCAUAUGCCUCUGGAAGAUGCCCUGGUGCUGGUAGCUAAAGAAUACAGGAGAUAUUUCUCUAAACGGGAGCAGCAGGAACAUGCUGGAAUUGCUCUGCGGGCUGGAGAUCUCCUGGACGACUUCUUGGCUCGGGAGCACCUUCCCAGCUACUCUGUCCCUUUGGGCAUUCAGCACCUUGUCUUCCUGUUGACUGAGGGAAAGCAUUUGUGUGGGAAUGAGUUAAACCUGCUCAUUGACUACCUGAAGACCAGGAAAGGGCAACUGAAAGGCUUUGAGACGCCCAAGUCUUUGGCUGGCAGUGAUCAUCCCUCAUUUCAAGGCAGGAAUACCCCAGUGGUGGGCAAGCCGCCUCCACUUCUUCCAACCCCUGGAAAGGGAUCCUUCUCAGGCCCUCAUCCCCCCUUUCCUGCCAGGCCCCCGUUGUUAGGGGACAGACCAGGAGGGGCCCUCCUUUCACUACCAGGAUUGGUCAACCCCAAAGGUCUGUUUGUCCCUUCCCUGCUUCCAGCAGCCCCCUCCAGGAGACCUGUUCCUUUGCGAUGCCCCCAUCCCAAGCGUGCGAAGCGCCCACUACUUGGGGAGAAGCCAGGCCUUCUAGCGCCACCGCCAGAGAGAAUAGGGGAGCGGCAGAGGGAGAAGGAGAGAGAGAUUCCCAAGCAGGCACCAUGCCCAGCGCAGAACCUGACACGGGGCUCAAUCCCAUGAACCAUGAGGCCACGACCCAAGAGGAAACCACGAGUCGGCUGCUGAAUGAAUGAGCCACCCAAGUGCCCCACCAUCUGGAAUGUUCUCACCUCUUAACUCCACUGCUUUCAUAGGUGUUAGGGAAUCUCGUUUUGGGGGCUGGUGUGGGGAAAGCCCUUUCUAUUAGUCUGUACGAACCACCUCUGAACUUGUGCUUGGGGCUCAGAUCUGACCAGAGUUGCCAAAGGGAAACUGGAGCAUGGUUAUGAUGCCCUAAAGGAAGGAUGCUGGGCAGUGAAGUUCAGUUUCAGGUGAGAAAGUGCAACUGGAAAAAGCCUCCUGUUUUAGUAGACUGAAAGUUGAGGGUGGUUUCUUAAGGGUAAUAUUUAUUAUUCAGCGUCCAGCCAGAGGGAAGUAAUCAACCUUUUUUUUUUUUUUAAUGUUUGUUUAUUUAUUUUUGAGAGAGCACAAGUGAAGGAGGGGCAGAGAGAGAGGGAGACAC